ACAAAGGUGAUGACCGAGGCCGAUGGGUCGAUAUAAAGCGUAGCAACAGCAUUAACAAGAGGAGGUUGUCACGUACAUCUCGUCUCCGACUCCAGUGCUAGCCGACCUGGUCUACUCGCCGCGCGCAGCCGCCAUGGAUCCAACUCGAGAUUUCAUCAAGGGAGUGAAGCGCCUCGUCAUAAAGGUGGGGACUGCAGUUGUCACAAGGACAGAAGGGAGAUUGGCUCUUGGAAGACUGGGGGCCCUUUGUGAGCAGAUUAAAGAACUUAAUUCUAGUGGUUUUGAAGUAAUCAUGGUCACUUCAGGUGCAGUUGGUGUUGGCCGGCAAAGGCUUAGAUACAGGAAACUGGUCAAUAGCAGCUUUGCUGAUCUCCAGAAACCGCAAGUAGAGCUAGAUGGGAAAGCCUGUGCUUCUGUUGGUCAAAGUGGCCUAAUGGCUUUAUAUGAUACCUUAUUUAGUCAGCUGGAUGUGACAUCAUCUCAGCUUCUUGUCACUGAUAGUGAUUUUAAAGACCCAGAUUUCCGGAUGCAACUCUCUCAGACAGUGAAUACAUUGUUAGCUUUAAGAGUUAUCCCUGUUUUCAAUGAAAAUGAUGCAAUAAGUACGAGGAAAGCUCCGUAUGAGGACUCUUUUGGCAUCUUUUGGGACAAUGACAGUCUAGCAGCUUUGUUGGCUUUGGAAUUAAAAGCUGAUCUUCUUGUUCUGCUAAGUGAUGUUGAAGGUCUAUAUAGUGGUCCCCCUGGAGAACCACAUUCAAAAUUAAUACAUACAUAUGUGAAAGAGAGGCAUCAGAGCGAGAUAACUUUUGGAGACAAGUCCAGGGUAGGAAGAGGAGGUAUGACUGCUAAAGUGAAGGCUGCAGUCUAUGCUGCUUAUGCAGGCAUCCCUGUUGUGAUCACCAGUGGUUUCACUACUGAUAGCAUUACAAAGGUACUUAAAGGUGAGAGAGUUGGUACCCUCUUUCAUCAGGAUGCAAGUAAGUGGAUGCUGCUUGGAGAAGAUGGUGCACACAACAUGGCAGUUUCAGCAAGGGAAUGUUCCAGGCGACUUCAGACUGUCUCAUCAGAGGCCCGCAAGAAGAUUUUGUUGGACAUUGCCGAUGCUUUAGAGGCAAAUGAGGAAUUAAUUAGAACUGAAAAUGAGGCUGAUGUUGCAGCUGCGCAACAGGCUGAAUAUGAAAAAUCAUUGAUUUCUAGAUUGACUCUGAAGCCAGGCAAGAUAUCUAGCCUUGCAAAUUCCAUUCGUAUACUUGCAGAUAUGGAAGAUCCAAUAUAUCGUGUCUUGAAAAGAACAGAGCUUGCAGAAGGAAUAAUCUUGGAAAAGACAUCUUGCCCCUUGGGCGUUCUCCUCAUUGUGUUUGAGUCCAGGCCUGAUGCCUUAGUUCAGAUUGCUUCUUUAGCUAUUCGAAGUGGGAAUGGCCUUCUUCUGAAAGGGGGCAAAGAAGCCAUGAGAUCUAAUGCAAUCUUGCAUAAGGUCAUUACGGGAGCAAUUCCAGAUUUUAUAGGCCAAAAGCUUAUUGGGCUUGUUACAUCUAGAGAUGAGAUUCCAGAUUUGCUAAAGCUUGAUGAUGUAAUUGAUCUUGUUAUCCCAAGAGGUAGUAAUAAACUCGUUGAUCAAAUCAAGGAAUCCACCAAGAUUCCAGUUCUAGGUCAUGCAGACGGCAUCUGUCAUGUAUAUGUUGACAAAUCUGCUGACAUGGAAAUGGCAAAGCAUAUCGUGUUAGAUGCCAAGAUUGACUAUCCAGCAGCUUGUAAUGCUAUGGAAACACUUCUUAUACACAAGGAUCUCUUGAAGACUGAGGGGCUUAAUGAUUUAAUAGUGGAGCUCAAAAGUGAAGGAGUUGCCUUAUUUGGUGGACCUAGAGCAAGUCUUGAGUUUGACAUUCCUGAAGCACCGUUGCUUCAUCAUGAAUACAACUCAAUGGCUUGUACAGUUGAAGUUGUUGAUGAUAUACAUGCUGCUAUUGACCACAUACAUCAUCAUGGAAGUGCGCAUACUGACUGCAUUAUUGCCAAGGAUCUUGAAGCUGCAGAGAUCUUCCUCCAUCAAGUUGACAGUGCUGCAGUGUUUUACAAUGCAAGCACACGCUUUUGUGAUGGAGCCCGUUUUGGACUUGGUGCAGAGGUGGGUAUAAGUACAAGUAGGAUUCAUGCUCGGGGACCUGUUGGUGUCGAAGGAUUACUAACCACCCGAUGGAUUUUGAAAGGUAAUGGACAAAUUGUCGAUGGUGAUAAAGGGGUAGUGUACACCCACCGGAAUCUUCCAGUGUAGCAAAUGAAUAUAUCCAGCCACGAAGUAAUGAGGAUUUGGUUAUUAGUUGAUGCAAGAGUCAGUUCUAGCUAGUACUUGCAAAGGAUUUGCAUUUUCUUCUUCAGUGUAGGACGUGUUGUUUUAGGUUUGUAGUAACAGUUGAUCCUCGUAAGCAAGCUCCUUGCUGAAUAAGGUCAUUUCUCCACUGUAAGUGGUUGAUGAUGUAUCAAAUGUUGGUUGCAUCGUCUAUUCAUUAUUUUAAAUACUGUGCAAUCUUUGCUAGAGCGUUCAAAUGAUAUUUUCUUUGCUA